UCGACUCUCGCGAGACCAACCUCUUCCUCCUCAUCCUUCUCUCGUUAUACUAUUCGUGCUUCUACACCUUUGCCACUUUCUUCCUUGCUCUCGCCCUUCGAAAAACGAGCUCGAUUCUUUCUAAAGGAUCCACGCGAUUAUCAGUAACAAACACUGGUCCUGAAGAAACGUCAACCGAUUCGUGUUUAUCUCUAAGUUUAUCCGACGGCUACGAUUUUUACAGUUUUCUAUAAAGACUUAACGAAGCUUUACAAACUUUUUCGAUCGUUUUAAGUGAAAUGAAUAAAUGCAACGACGUUGUGUAUGGUGAUAGGACUCUGUCGGAAAAUACAAUGGACUGAUCGUUUAAGUGAUGUAAUAUAUAUUUGAUGAAUGUGAUGAACUUUUCUUGUUGGACUUUUACGACGAUGUAUUUGUAAGUAAUAAAAAAAAAUUGAGUAAAAUAUAGAUAUAAUAAAAUUAAGACAUCGUUAGUGAGAAACAAAAGAAAUUAAGAAUAUAAACCGAAAACAAUGGAGACGAGCGAUCCGUCGGGUCGAUUAACGAUAGAGGAUCUAUCUGAUUGUCGAAGCGACAGCAAUCAUUCUGAGACACAAGUACGUGCUUUUCAGGAUUACGAAAGAGUUAAGGAAUUAAAUUUGUCGGUGGAUAAAAAUAAGGAGGAUACUUCGAACGAACCGAAAGAUUUUCACAUUGGUCUAGAAGGUAGAACAUCGAUGCGUUUCGAUGAAUUUUCUAACGACAUUACUAGAGGCGUUUCAAUGACCUUAAACAAAGCAAAAGAUUUUGGUUACUCUACGAACGGCAUAAGUAACUUGAAUUAUUCAUUGGAAAGAACAAACGAACCUGAAGAUUCAAUGGAAAUGGCAACGUCACUUUGUAGAUCGAAAAAUUCCACCGCGAAGGAUUUACUUUUCAAUCUUCGCGAAACAAGACAAAAAAAUGCUCAUCCGACGCUCUCGUCUUUGGACAGAUGCAACAAGGAUCUUAAUUUUGGUAUCGAGAGAGACAUCAAGGACUUCGGUUUGCUGAAGAAUUAUGGACUCGAUCGUAUGAAGGAAUUCAACUUGUCGUUAGAUCGGAUUAGAGACAAUCAUAUAAGUAAUCUCACACUCGAAAGGCUACGUGGAAAUGCUGGACUCUUGGAGAAUCCUGCCAUUUUGGACCACAGUGAAUUCAGAAAUCUUCAGGUACAACAAAGAAGUCCAGAAUUGGAAGCUAUUGCCUUGGAACGUAUGAGACGUUCUCAUCUUUUAGGCACCGAUCUCUCCGUACAAAAUCUCUCGACGCAGCUCCCUCACUCGCAUGCCAUCACACAAAUGGAACACUCUCAGGCACAACAACAACAACAAGCUAAAUCCUUCACCAUUGACGCAAUUCUUGGACUGAGAAAUAAUCAAAGAGAAAAACGUGGACAACAGCAACAAUAUAGAAAACAUCAGGGUACUUCCCGUCAGGAAAGUUCAACGAAGAACGGAAGUUCGAGCUUACGUUCACCCGGCGGUGGAAAAUCAAAGAGAGUGAGGACGAUUUUCACAGCCGAACAAUUGGAACGACUUGAAGGCGAAUUCGCUCGUCAGCAAUACAUGGUUGGCCCUGAAAGACUAUACUUGGCUCACGCAUUGAGAUUGACCGAGGCGCAGGUCAAGGUCUGGUUCCAAAAUCGUCGAAUCAAGUGGCGCAAGCUUCACCACGAACAACAGACUCAGAGAGUUCAGGAAUUUCAGAGAUCGCUGAGCACGUCCUUAGAACACGAGGACUGCAACGAGACAGAUAAAUGGUGA